GCUCAGUGAGCUGAUCAGAGAGAAAGCAUUCUGCCAGCCCAGCGCCUGCAAAUCGCAGUCACUUCCUAACCUCCCCCUUUUUAACAUAUUUGAUCACUUUGAUUCUCUGUUCUCUCUCUUAUUAUUUUUACGCGCACGAAGGAGGUUCUAUAGGUUGUGAUCUUUUUGUUUUAUUAUCAGUCCUGCUUGCCGGAGAGUUGACUUCAUAUUUGACUCGAGCACAGGCUGCAACUGCGCGCGGCUGCAAGCGCUACCUCAUCUGAAGAAAAGGAAGAAGCGGCAAUAUUUUUGUGCCAGUUGUUGGUUUUCCUCAAGACUUUACGCUGGAACUUCUCGCGUGUCGCAAGUAGACUGUCUUUUUGAAAGCUGCGUGUUUGCGCGUCCGAACACCGCUACACACGCGAAGUUCUCUGUCCUGCUCUGUUCAUAUCUUCUUCCGCCGUGUUUAAUUUCCCAUUUUUUCCUUGAUGGGUUUACUGGAUGGAUGACUGCAAGUGCCCCUGGACUUGGCCUCUAAGAGCAAGGCUGCUAUUCGGCUUGUCUUUGCUUCAGUUUUAGCCACAUGCCAGGUAACGCUAUUUCAGUCAAGAAAUAGACUAGCUACUGUUUGUCGUCGGUGCGCAACUUUGAACGGACAUUCAGACUCUAACCCACCGUGCCGAUCCUGAAUUAUUUAUCUUACCUUCUUCCUAAGUGAUAAAGGCGCCGUGCUGCGUUUUUAUUUUUGAAACAAAGCAUUCCGAAACCAAAAACGGGGAACAAAAAGUUUUUUAACGUUGACUGAUAGAUAUGGCAAUGGUAGUGUGGAGAGGCUCCCAGGACGAUGUGGCCGAGACCCAGGGCACCCUCUCAUCGCAAGCCCAAGGAGGACUAUCCCUUCCAACCCCUCAACCAGGCCAGCUGGGUCUGACGGCCUCUCAGGUUGCCCCUCCAACCCCUCAGACACCCGUUCAAGGACCCCCGAACAACAACACACAGUCCACCCCGACGAACCAGACGACGAGUCAGUCGGAAAAGCAGCAACCCCAGCACAUAGAGUGCGUGGUUUGCGGGGACAAAUCCAGCGGCAAACACUAUGGCCAGUUCACUUGCGAGGGGUGUAAAAGCUUUUUCAAACGGAGCGUACGAAGGAACCUCACUUACACAUGCCGUGCCAACAGGAAUUGUCCCAUUGACCAGCACCAUCGCAAUCAGUGUCAGUACUGCCGCCUCAAAAAAUGCCUCAAAGUUGGCAUGAGACGGGAAGUUUCUCUUUUUACUGCAGCAGUGCAAAGGGGACGGAUGCCACCUACACAGCCACACCAUGGUCAGUUCGCCUUGACAAAUGGGGACCCACUGCACUGCCAUUCCUACUUAUCCGGAUAUAUCUCUCUACUACUACGAGCGGAGCCCUACCCAACUUCUCGGUAUGGCAGUCAAUGCAUGCAGCCCAACAACAUCAUGGGCAUCGAGAACAUUUGUGAACUGGCAGCCAGGAUGCUGUUUAGUGCGGUAGAGUGGGCCAGGAAUAUUCCCUUCUUCCCAGACCUCCAAAUUACCGACCAGGUUGCCCUUUUGAGGUUGACCUGGAGUGAGUUGUUUGUGCUCAACGCUGCUCAGUGCUCCAUGCCGCUCCAUGUGGCUCCACUUCUGGCGGCGGCUGGGCUCCAUGCCUCCCCCAUGUCUGCGGACAGAGUGGUCGCCUUUAUGGACCACAUUAGGAUCUUCCAAGAACAAGUAGAAAAGCUCAAAGCUUUGCACGUUGACUCUGCUGAAUACAGCUGUUUAAAGGCCAUCGUUUUAUUCACUUCAGAUGCUUGUGGCCUGUCAGAUGUGGCCCAUGUGGAAAGUUUGCAAGAGAAGUCCCAGUGCGCUCUGGAGGAGUACGUUCGGAGCCAGUAUCCCAACCAGCCAACUCGAUUUGGGAAGUUAUUACUGCGCUUGCCCUCUCUCCGUACAGUCUCGUCUUCGGUCAUAGAGCAAUUAUUUUUCGUCCGAUUGGUAGGUAAAACCCCAAUUGAAACCCUCAUCAGGGAUAUGUUGCUGUCGGGGAGCAGUUUUAACUGGCCUUACAUGUCGAUUCAGUAGGCAGAAGGAAUGAUCAAAGGGGCUGUGACUACAAUAGUUAGCGCUUCUUUUGUAGAAGGAAACGGCUGUUACACGAGUUUACUUUCACGAAGAAAGACUUUCAUACAAUGACUGUGAAUUUUAAAAUUGAGACAUUCAGUGAAGCCUCGAAAUCCAGAGAUUGCUCCCAGUGUCAUUCUGAACAGUUUGUUUUAAUGUUUUUUGUUUGUUAUUUUUUUAUGUAAUAAAAGCAAGAACGAAGAAAUAAUUAACCCUCUAAAAUUAAUACAAAAGGGAAAAACGCAAGAAAAAAAAUAAUUUAAGGAUUUUCAUAAUCGUUUCUGGGACAGCAAAACUAUAAAGUGCAUUUAAGCGACAUUUGGAAAGAUUAAGAAGAAAAGAAAAAAGUUAUUAUAAUUUUUUUCCCAAAUUGUUUAUUGUCCUGUAUCCAUGUAUCUAUAGCUGUUUUUGUAAUUUUUGUUCCUCCUUUCUGGUUCCAAACCGGCCUAUAUGUGAUGCUGUAGUAUGCAGUUGUUGUUGUUGUUGUUUUUAUUUUAUUUUUUUAUUUUUUAUAUAUAUAUAACCAUGACUUCUUCUAAAACAGUUCAGUAAUGUAAAGACGUUCUUCGAGAAUUCGAGAAUUAAAACUAAAUCCACAGCAAUAUAGGCUAUGCUUAAUGCUGCAAGCGCACUUACUCCAUUGAUGUCCCUUAAUGAACAAGAGUAUGGGUUAUUUUCUUGAUCAGCUCAAACUUAAAUACUCAAAAUACCAGAGCACUAGAAACGUUCCAGUGUCGUACACUAUUCUUCUAACUGAUAUAGACACCAUAAAUCAUCAUCCUCCAAAAUGGAUGCAGGAGCAAUACUCCACUCUGCAAAAACUAUCAGCCACAAAAGUAUUUGCAAAAUCUCCUUGUAUUUGGUUGAGAGUUACGACCUGCCUCCAUUUUUUUAAAGUAUAUAUAUAUAUAUUUGGGUUCGGGAAUGGUCGUCAGGUUGUAAUGCAAAUAGUAGAACAACGUGUUUGAUUUUACAGUUAAGGAGACCCCCACUUAAUAUUUUCAGAUGUAUUACCGGAACCCACCUUAAGUUGCGCCCAUGCGAAUUCUCGCUCAAGUGUUUUGCCACAGUAAACUGUAUUUUGAACGUGGGGGAAAUGAUGGGUCAUCAUUCUUUUAAUGAUAAAGCAGCAGUAUUAAUAAGACGUCCCUAUAAAUGUCCCUCAACACUUAAAGCAUUAAAGUGCCUGUACAGCGCAAAUGUGUUAUUAACGGUUACUGAAGUCUAUACACAAUGGGGAACACGCUUAGAAUUUACAAAGUAAGUCUUAUAAUUGUUCAUUUCACUUGAGGGAAAAAAAAAUACAAGUAGAGGCAGUAUUCUUGUAAAUAUAGGUCAAUUCAUUUCAAGGACUUUUCCUUUAUACAACGUAUAUGUGAUUAAGAAUAAAACUGUGGUUGCCAAUUUUUUUUUUUUUUCGGUAAUAAAAAUGUCUUCAAAUGAGUGACAGACUUAGCUAGUAGCACUGAAAGUUCUGUUUGUAAUGUACAUACAUAUUAAGACAAAUGUUUUUUUUUUCUUCCUUUCUUUUUCAUGUAUUUAGACUGUGAAUGCAUGGCCACAGGUCGCUAACCUAUUUUACCUUUGAUAUAUAUAUAUAAAUGUAAAUGUUUUUGACUGUAUAGAUAUAAUCUGUGCAUUCAGUACACUAGCCCUUGUAUUUAAAAAGACAAAAAAAAAAAAAAAAAAUGGGGAAAAAAUUGUUCGACGAUAGGUUGACACUUAACAGGGUGAGCUGGUUUGGAAAGGGGUGGCUAUUUUGACUUGGUGUUCUGCUCCUUUUCGGUCUGUAACAGAUGCCUUGUGUGUGUAUGUGUGAAAGCUUGCAAUUUCGUCCUUGUUUUGAGGCUUUUUUUCACCACACAAGACACCAUGUUGUGAUUGGAUAAAAAGGGAUCAUAUUGUGUAGUUGAUUGAACAGUUCUUUCUGGCUGUUCUCUGCCACAUAUGGACCAGUGAAUGAUACAUGAUUGUAAUUAUGAACAGUUUAAACUGACCCAUGUUUUUAUAUAAAUAUAUAAAAUAUAUUACUGCAGGGUAUUGAUAACGUAUAGAUACUUUUUUAUUAUUAUUGAUUAUUAUUAAUUGCAAGUGAUAUACGUGAGUGUGUGUGGAAGUUUAUAGUUGAAAACAAUUCUUGUUUGUUUGUGUUAGCUUAUUGUAAACAAGCAUUCUGCUGUAAAUUUGUUCUUGGUAUUAAAUUAUAAUUUAUGAAUUUGAAAUCAAAA